ACGAUGCAAACGAUAAAGCGCUCGAGCGCUGCGUUCGCCCUCGUGGCGGCCGUGGGCCUCCAGAUGAUGUGCACGAAGCUCGACAUCCCCGUGACGAAGAUCGCGCGCAACGUCUUCUCGUCGGCGACGCCGCCGCCCGUGGAGGCGAAGCACUGCCCCGUCUACACGUGCGCCGACGGCGCGCUCGCGAAGGAGCUCACGGUCGUCGUCACCGUCAAGGACGCCUGCAGCCAGAUGCCGGGCUUCGUCAGGGCGCUCGAGGACGUCGUCGGCACGGACACGGCGCUCAUCGUGACCUACCCCAAGUUCGACUCCUGCGACCCGCUGGACCUCGGCGUCGACUUCGGCCCCUGGCGGUCCUGGCAGACGAUCCCGCUGCCGCCGAGCAGCUCGCCCAUGCGCGGCUGGCUCGACGCCGUGCCGCUGAUCAGGACCGAGUACGCGCUCCUGCUCCACAACGACGGCUACGCGCUCGAUUCGUUCUUCGCGUGCGAACUCGUGCAGUCGCUCAAGGCGCGCGACGCGUCCUACGUCGUCGCGGCGCCCAUGCUCUACGAGUCCAAGGCCGACGGCUCCCUCGCCGCCCACGCGACGCAGAGCCGGCUGCGCCUCCAGGGCGGCCACGUCCGCCACGACCACUCGGUGGCGAAGGCUUUAAACCGCGGCGGCGACAUCCCCGAGGGCGACCAGGCCGACUUCCUCGAGGACCACGGCUUCGUCAUCAAGACGCAGGCCAUCGCGGGCAUCAUCGACCCCCACGCGUCCUAUACUUUGGAGUACAUCGACAUGAUCCUGUCGCUGAAGGCGAACAAAUGGAAGGUGCUCUUCGUGCCGUCGGCGCGCCUCGAGUUCCGCAUCGCCGAGUUCUCCUGGCGCGACGUGCCCUACUUCAUGUACAAGCGCAGCGAGGCCACGUGCCACGGCACGCGGGACUACCUCGCGGCGAAAUGGCGCGCAAAGUUCCCCAACACGGGCUUCUGGACCUACAUCAAGUACACGAUCGUCGAGUCCCACGAGUACCCGGCGUCGGAGAUCUCCGUGCUGCCCUGGAAGCAGCAGGCGUCCCUCUUCCUCGGCUUCUUCCAGAUGGCGGGCUUCAACCGCUACGCCGUCGGGGGGCGGACGCGGACGUACGUCGACCUGCUCAUGGAGCUCGACAGCGGCGCCUACGAGGCGAAGCAGGCGGGCUACUUCUCCAGCGACUCGGUGGCGCUCGACGGCGUCGCGACGCGGGAGCUGAAGCGGAAGGCGUGGGCGCCCGGGGACCUCAAGCCCGUGCCGAACGCGUCCGGCGCCGAGGACCUGCUGCCGACCGUCGCCGCGCCCUGGUUCCCGACCCUCGAAGCCGACAUGCCCCUCGAGUACCUGCCCUUCGCCGUCGCCAAGCUCGCGUUCCCCGACGGCGCGUGCGCGGACGCGCUCGGGUCGGGCCCGGGCCAGUUCUGGGCGGGCUUCUGCGGCGUCGCCGUGCAGAAGCCCGAUGGCUGCGAGUGCUGGGUCAACAUGCCGACCUUCAAGUCGCGCAGCCUCGUGGCCGACGUGCUCGCGCGCGUCGCGUCCGUGCUCAAGGUGCCGAGCCGCAUCACGACGUACCUCGAGAUGGCGCUGGGCUCGACGAACCCGGCGGGCCGCCACGUCCUGCCCGUGGAGCGCGGCUGGCAGGCGCGCGUGACCAAGGCGUUGGCGGCGAACGUGCGCCGGGCGUCGUCCGACCUGCCGCCCGCGGAUCUCGCGGCGACGCUCGAGUCGACGCUCGCGCGCGCGGCGCUCACGGUCUACACCUGCGGCGGCGCGAAAGACGCCCAGGCCGAGAGCCUCGAGCCCUGCGACGCCGUGCACUUCGGCUUCUCCCGGGCGGACACGGUCGUCCACUUCUCCGGCCGGCCGCCGGCGCCGCCGAGCCGCUCGACCUUGGCGGAGACGUGGCGCCGCGAGCUGCCCGGCGGCAGCGGCACGAAGGCCCAGGCGUCCGCCCGACCACCCCGCCGUUGUAUGAGCUCACUCGUGCAAGCGACGCCUCCGCCUUUGGAUGAUCGGACCUUUCCGUUGGACGUGCUCGGCGACGGCGGCGUCGUCAUCAAGAAGCUAAGCAAGCGCGGCGCGGGCGACUCGCCCGAGGAGGGCGACCACGUGCAGGUGAACUAUGUGGGGCGCGUCAAGGGCAAGGAGGACGAGUUCGACCGGAACCACGGGGGCUACCCCUUCGAGUUCACGGUCGGCGCGGGCAAGGUCGUCAAGGGCUGGGACGAGGCCAUCAAGGUGCUCAAGGUCGGCGACGCCGCCGUCGUCGAGCUCGCGCCGGACUACGGCUACGGCGCCGAGGGCUCCGAGGACGACGUGCCGCCGGGCGCGACCUUGGUCUUCGACAUGGAGCUCGUCGACAUCAAGGAGCGCAUCAAGGGCAGCGGCGCCGCGGACCGCGAGCGCCUCGUCCAGCUCCGCGCCGAGCGCGAGGCCGCGGCCGCCGCCGCCGCGGAGAAGAAGGCCACCAUCGCCGCCAAGGCGGGCGCGAAAUCCGCGCUCGCGGAGAAGCUCGCGAACAAGAACAAGAAGGGCGGCGGCAAGAAGGAGAAGAAGGAGUGGAAGCCCCCGGAGAAGAAGGAGAAGCCGGCCAAGGCCGCCAAGGGCAAGAAGGGCAAGGCCGCGGCCGCGGCGUCCGAGGCGACGACGCCGCCGCCGUCGCCCUGA